AUGGCUUCCAGAUACUCGGCCGCGCGUCCAAAACGGGCGGGCGAAGCAUUCGCUCGGGUACACCACGGCGAGGAACGUGACGAAGGUUCCCCUACGCUCAAAAAGGUCAAGUUUGACGUUCGCAACCCAUCAGCACUGGCGCCGAGUGCCCGUGACGAAGAUGAAGAUAACGACGGUGCCCUCGAAGCGGACGUGAUUGGCGCAUCUGGGAGAGCCACGAAGCGCGGCGCAGUUAACAUCGACGGUUACGAUUCGGAUUCAGACAACGAGACAUUUAAUGCGAGGGCCGAAGCCCGAGGCAGGAAUGGGAAGGCGGCCGAGGAUGUGGACCUGGCCGAGGUGAUGGAUAAUUACACUUCCAAGGAUGAUAGUGGCGGAAAGGGCAACGUCGAGGAUGAUGAGGUGGAUAUGUUUGGCGACCUUGACGAUGGGGACGCGACGGCAGCAGAUGACGACAGGACGUCCGGUAGAAAAGACAAGCAAGUCCGUUUCCUUACCGACAAGGAAAUCCAGGGUCAGGAAAACGCUAGCAAAAGUGGCGGUACAGUACGGAUAGAUGGGUACCCCGGCAAUAGUGGGCGGGAAGAGGGGGAGGAGGAAGAGGAUGAUGAGGACGACGACGACGACGACGAGACUGUGGCUCUCGCCAUCGCAGAAGAAGGGGUCGAUGCAGAGGUUGGCUUGGGGGGCCUUAAAAAGCACGCGCCCAAGAUUGACGCAUUUAAUAUGCGGGAGGAGCAAGAAGAAGGUGCUUUCGACGAGGCGGGUAACUACAUUCGCAAAGCCGCCGAUGAGGACGCCGCACACGACCGGUGGCUAGAGGGUAUCAGCAAGAAGGAGAUGAAGCGGGCAGCCGCAGCGCAUGAUAAGCGCGAAGCGGAGUUACGCAAGCAACAGCGCGAGAAUGAUAGCGUUUUGACAGGUGACUUGUUCAAGGAGCUCAUCGUGAUGCUGGAACCGGGCGAGACGGCACUAGAUGCACUAGGGAGGUUAAGGAGAGGUCAGACGAAGCAGUCCAAAGCGAAAAAGCUGCCAAAGUGGAAGCAGAAAAGGAUCAAGGUCGCAAAUGGAGGGGACGUUCAAGCUACCGAGGCAAUGGACGUUGACACGAACAAGGAGCCGGAAGACCCGGAACAAGUACGGAUCCGCGAGGCAAUAAAUGCCAUCGCCGACGCGGCGGACAAGCUUAUGCAGCGGGACUAUCCGAACAUCUACGACCGGGAGCGGGAGCGACUCAUACGCGAGUACCGCAACGAGACGGGCGAAGCAUGGGUUGAGCCGCCGCCGCCCGGGUCAGACGAGGCGGGCGAGAAAGGUGGAUCUAAGAUGUGGGAGUUCCGUUGGAUCGAUGGGCGUGAUGGAGCGCCUAAACAAGGGCCGUUUGACGGGCCGACCAUGAAAGCGUGGCAGGAUGCUGGAUAUUUUGGCGAAGGAGUCGAAUUUCGGCCGGCAGGGAAAGAAGGGGAGUGGUCAAGAGUAGCCACAUUUGGGUAA